AUGGAAGACAAUUUUUUUCUUGAUGAUUCUGUAUGGGAAUGUUUUAUUCGAAAAUUAACUAAAGAAACUGAUGAUUUUGAAUAUUUUGUUCAAAAAAUAGCUGGAGUAUAUGGUGUUUUAGCUGAUGAAGUUAAAGUAUAUCAAGACAAUAAUUGUACUGAUAUUAUUGUGAAAUAUAUCGAUUCAAAACAGGAAAAACAUUUUAUUUAUCUUAAUUAUGAUAAUGAACGUGAACGUGUAGAUGCCGCAACCCAUGGAAUAUCAAACUGGGCAAAAGGUCAUACUUUCGAAAGUGAUCUUCAUAAAUUAUUUAACCAGAAUGGGAUAAUUGCCCAUAUAAUUCAAGUUACUGAAGGAGACGAAUUUAAAUCCACAAUGACACAUUUUAAAAAUUCAUUAGAGAUUUUGGUUUAUAAUAGUAAGACCAUGAAAACUAAAAAAUAUUUGACAAAACAAGCUAAACUUUGGUUAGAUAAUUCAUCACAACAAAUAAUU